AUGUCCGCGGGCGGCAACGCCAGGAAGAGCACCGGGAGGCCAUCCUACUACUACCGGCUGCUGCGGCGACCCCGGUUGCAGCGACAGAGGAGCCGCUCCCGCAGCCGGACCCGGCCCGCCAGGGAGUCACCCCAAGAAAGGCCGGGCUCCCGGCGCAGCCUGCCCGGCAGCCUCUCGGAGAAGAGCCCCGGCAUGGAGCCUUCAGCUGCAACCCCGUUCCGGGUCACGGGCUUCCUCAGCCGCCGCCUCAAGGGCUCCAUCAAGCGCACCAAGAGCCAGCCCAAGCUGGACCGCAACCACAGCUUCCGCCACAUCCUGCCGGGGUUCCGGAGCGCCGCCGCCGCCUCCGCCGCCUCCGCCGCGGACAAUGAGAGGUCUCAUCUAAUGCCAAGGCUGAAGGAGUCUCGCUCCCACGAGUCCCUGCUCAGCCCCAGCAGCGCAGUGGAGGCACUGGACCUCAGCAUGGAGGAGGAGGUGGUCAUCAAGCCCGUGCACAGCAGCAUCCUGGGCCAGGACUACUGUUUUGAGGUGACAACAUCCUCAGGAAGCAAGUGCUUUUCCUGCCGGUCAGCAGCUGAGCGAGAUAAGUGGAUGGAGAACCUGCGGCGAGCAGUGCACCCCAACAAGGACAACAGCCGGCGUGUGGAGCACAUUCUGAAGCUGUGGGUGAUUGAGGCCAAAGACCUACCAGCCAAGAAGAAGUACCUGUGCGAGCUGUGCCUGGAUGACGUGCUCUAUGCUCGCACCACGGGCAAGCUCAAAACAGACAAUGUCUUCUGGGGUGAGCACUUUGAGUUCCAUAACUUGCCACCUCUGCGCACAGUCACUGUCCACCUGUACCGGGAGACUGACAAGAAGAAGAAGAAGGAGCGCAAUAGCUACUUGGGCUUGGUGAGCCUGCCUGCUGCCUCAGUGGCUGGAAGGCAGUUUGUGGAGAAGUGGUAUCCAGUGGUGACACCCAACCCCAAGGGUGGCAAGGGCCCUGGACCUAUGAUUCGCAUCAAGGCACGCUAUCAGACCAUCACCAUUCUGCCCAUGGAGAUGUACAAAGAAUUUGCCGAGCACAUCACCAACCACUACUUGGGGCUAUGUGCAGCCCUUGAGCCCAUCCUCAGUGCCAAGACCAAGGAGGAGAUGGCAUCUGCCCUGGUGCAUAUCUUGCAGAGCACAGGCAAGGUGAAGGACUUUCUGACAGACCUGAUGAUGUCAGAGGUAGACCGCUGCGGGGACAAUGAGCACCUUAUCUUCCGGGAGAACACAUUGGCCACCAAGGCCAUUGAAGAGUACCUCAAACUGGUGGGCCAGAAGUAUCUGCAAGAUGCACUAGGUGAGUUCAUCAAAGCUCUGUAUGAGUCAGAUGAGAACUGCGAAGUGGACCCAAGCAAAUGCUCAGCUGCUGACCUCCCUGAGCACCAGGGCAACCUCAAGAUGUGCUGUGAGCUAGCCUUUUGCAAGAUCAUCAACUCCUAUUGUGUCUUCCCACGGGAGCUGAAAGAGGUGUUCGCCUCAUGGCGGCAAGAGUGCAAUAGCCGUGGUCGACCAGACAUCAGCGAGCGGCUCAUCAGUGCUUCCCUCUUCCUGCGCUUCCUCUGCCCUGCCAUCAUGUCACCUUCACUCUUCAACCUGCUUCAGGAGUACCCCGAUGACCGCACGGCCCGCACCCUCACCCUCAUUGCCAAGGUUACCCAGAACCUGGCCAACUUUGCCAAGUUUGGCAGCAAGGAGGAGUACAUGUCUUUCAUGAACCAGUUCCUGGAACAUGAGUGGACCAACAUGCAACGCUUUCUGCUGGAGAUCUCCAACCCUGAGACCCUCUCCAACACAGCUGGCUUCGAGGGUUACAUUGACCUGGGCCGAGAGCUCUCCAGCCUGCACUCACUGCUCUGGGAGGCAGUCAGCCAGCUGGAGCAGAGCAUCGUGUCCAAACUGGGACCCCUGCCUCGGAUCCUGAGGGAUGUCCAUACAGCACUGAGCACCCCAGGCAGUGGGCAGCUCCCUGGGACCAGUGACCUGGCCUCCACACCAGGCUCUGGCAGCAGCAGCAUCUCAGCUGGGCUGCAGAAGAUGGUGAUUGAGAAUGAUCUCUCUGGUCUGAUAGAUUUCACCCGGUUACCGUCUCCAACCCCCGAAAACAAGGACUUGUUUUUUGUCACAAGGUCCUCCGGGGUCCAGCCUUCACCUGCUCGCAGCUCGAGCUACUCAGAAGCCAACGAGCCUGAUCUCCAGAUGGCCAACGGCAGCAAGAGCCUGUCUAUGGUGGACCUCCAAGAUGCCCGCACGCUGGAUGGGGAGGUGGGCUCCCCAGCAGGCCCAGACAUCCUCCCUGCUGACGGGCAGGCACCUACAACUCAGCUGGUGGCUGGGUGGCCAGCCCGAGCAGCUCCAGUGAGCCUGGCAGGGCUGGCCACAGUGCGGCGGGCAGGCCAGACACCAACCACACCAGGCACCUCGGAGGGCGCACCAGGCCGGCCCCAGUUGUUGGCUCCACUUUCCUUCCAGAACCCUGUGUACCAGAUGGCAGCGGGCUUGCCACUAUCACCCCGUGGCCUUGGUGACUCGGGCUCUGAGGGCCACAGCUCCCUUAGCUCCCACAGCAACAGUGAAGAGUUGGCAGCUGCUGCCAAGCUGGGAAGUUUCAGUGCUGCUGCAGAGGAGCUGGCACGGCGGCCUGGUGAGCUGGCACGGAGGCAGAUGUCACUGACUGAGAAGGGCGGGCAGCCCACAGUGCCACGGCAAAAUAGUGCUGGUCCCCAGAGAAGGAUUGACCAGCCACCACCCCCACCACCACCCCCACCACCUCCUGCCCCCCGGGGCCGGACACCCCCUACUCUGCUAAGCACCUUGCAGUACCCACGACCUUCAAGUGGAACCCUAGCAUCUGCAUCACCUGACUGGGCUGGCCCCGGUGCCCGGCUACGACAGCAGUCCUCUUCUUCCAAGGGGGAUAGCCCAGAGCUGAAGCCACGUGCUGUCCACAAGCAGGGCCCUUCACCUGUGAGCCCCAAUGCCCUGGACCGCACAGCUGCUUGGCUCUUGACCAUGAAUGCACAGUUGUUAGAAGACGAGGGCCUGGGCCCAGACCCCCCCCACAGGGAUAGGCUAAGGAGUAAGGAGGAGCUCAGCCAAGCAGAAAAGGACCUGGCAGUGCUCCAAGACAAGCUGCGAAUCUCCACCAAGAAGCUGGAGGAGUAUGAGACUCUGUUCAAGUGCCAGGAGGAGACAACACAGAAGCUGGUGCUAGAGUACCAGGCGCGGCUGGAAGAGGGCGAGGAGCGCCUGCGACGCCAGCAAGAGGACAAGGACAUCCAGAUGAAGGGCAUCAUCAGUAGGCUGAUGUCCGUGGAGGAGGAGCUGAAGAAGGACCAUGCUGAGAUGCAGGCAGCUGUAGACUCCAAGCAGAAGAUCAUCGAUGCCCAGGAGAAGCGCAUCGCCUCCCUGGACGCUGCCAAUGCCCGCCUCAUGAGCGCCCUGACGCAGCUGAAAGAGAGGUACAGCAUGCAAGCCCGUAACGGCGUCUCCCCCACCAACCCCACCAAAUUGCAGAUCACUGAAAACGGCGAGUUCAGAAACAGCAGCAAUUGUUAACCAGGCCGGAGGGGAGGAACCUCCCCAAGGAGAGGGGGACUGUGGUGGCCCGGGGCAGGGUCUCAACUGGGAGGCGCCCUAUGCUGGUGGCAGGAGGCCAAGGCACUCUGCUCUGCUCCCCUCCCCUCGCAUGCUGUCUGGGAGGCAGCACAGAGGGAGCCCAGAGACUGAUGCAGGAGGCCCACGUGCACAGCAGCUCACCGCUCUCCUCUCCCACCCACCCAAGAAGUGUGUCUGGGUGCAGGCAGAAGAGACUGCACGCUGGGGAGUGGGAACAAUCUCGAGGGAGCAAGGGCCUGCCAAAUGUGUCUGUCAGUUGUUGAAUUUGGUGUGUGUCACCUUUUCCUCCUUGGCCAGCCAGGCACAUGUACCCCAUACCCUAAAGGGAAGGAGCUGCUUGUAGAGGGAUCUGGAGAGGGUUGAGUAAGGGCUGGGAGCCACUCUUGCAGGUUCCCUUCUCCUCCUAGGGCCCAGGAUUGUGGCCCCCAGGCCUCUGCCCUGGGAGACCUGGGUCCAGAUGAAAUGGUUGGCAGACAGGGAGACAGUGGGGAGAACACAGGCAGGGAUUCUGUGGCCACUGCCCAUUUCUACUCUAGCUCCUGCCACUGCAUGCCACUUGUUUUCAGGGACCCUUCCUGGCUGUGCAGAACUGAGGACUCACCUGCUCCUGUAUGUGUCCUAUACUUGUCACCCUCCACCUCCUUCCCUUCCUUAGUUGCAUUGCCAAACAGACCAGUGAGAAUCAAACUUUCUCUUCUGGGCUCUCCUACCUGUGGGGAGGAUCUCAGACCCAGCCACUUAUGUGUGGACCUAGACUCAUGCUCUUGGGAUCCCAGAUGCCCCAAACGGGGCAGGGCUGGCCAGAUGGCACUGUGCAUUCAUUAUAGCUGCCUUCUCCAGGGCCCUAGUGCAUCCAGGCACAGUGGUUCUGUGGGGAGUGGCCAGCUAGUGCUCACUCUGGAAAGGUGACAUUUCCUCUGUGGUGUGAAAGAAGAAUUCUAAGGCCUGCAGGCCCUGAGAAGGUGGAUAACUGUGAUUUUUUUUCCUUUCACAGUAUGCAUUAGAAACAAAAGCCCGCUUGCUCGCUUGCUGGAACACAGGGGCCUUUUAAAUUGAGCGUGCGCACUGCAUGGGAAAUAGCGGCCCUGGAGGAUGUUAGACUUGCUUCCUCUCCAAGACAGCAGCAGCCUGCACCAGGCCCCGUGUGUGCAGCCGCCUCUCCUCACCCUUCCCAUCCCCAGCCAAGGACCCAAGCACUGCAGCCAGGGGAGGGGCAUACCCCACUGCUGGGGCUGGUUUUCCUCAGCUCUAGGCUGUUCUGUAGCUUAUCUGCCCCUCCCCACCCCUUUGGGGGACAGAGAUUGUUGGCAGGAGCUUGGGUCUCUCUUAUUCCCAUCUGUUCCCACACCCUAGAGACCAGGACCUUGGCUCUAGGUCACCUAGAGCAGGAGCUGGGGCCUUUGCCCAGGCAGCCGAGCCAAGGCUAAACAAACUACAGAAGCUGCACCUCUGCCCCUGGAGUCCCUGCUAGGAAGUGUGGAAGUGCUGAGGGGAUGGCCCAGACAUGCUGCACCCCAUCCUGAGCUUGUGAACAGGCAAGAGCAGAUGCUCUGGGAAGGGCUUUUAGCUGUAACCUGUAACAGGCUACAGACAGAUGCCAGUGAAAUGAGGGCUUGGCUAUCAAGGGUCAGGAAGGAAGGAAGUGGGGCGAGGUCCUGCUAUCUAUCACUCCUUCCUGCUCCACUCCUGUCCACACCCCUGCACCUGUGUGUUUCAGCCAGGGUGGCCUCUUGGGCAGGGCCUAGGCCCAGUCUUGUCCUUCUACUGCCCAGGGAGCCCUGUUCUCCUCCCCAGCCACACUAUUUCCCUCCCAUGCCUCAUAAAGAGCAAAGAGCGACCUCGGACUGAGCGCCUCCUAGCAAUAUGGGGAGGUCCCCAGGCCUGGACAGGAGGGCGCAGGGCCAGAUGCUGUGGCCCCUCUGGCGGGGUUGUUAGCUCUCAGGCUGAGAGCCUUAUUUACCUAGUGCAAAAACUGUAAAAGUGUACAGACUCUCCUCAGAUUUUUAUCUUAAUUGCAAGUCUGCCGAAUUUUUGUAAAUGUUUUUGGUGUUUUGACUGUAAUGUAACUAUUUCACCCAAGGGAUGUAUAUAGUCCUUUAGUCCUGGUGCUGCAAGGGCUGGCUGGGACCGCUGCUCUCAUGAUUCAUGUUGGCACCUAGAGAGAACUGUGCUGGGCAGGACAAAGAGCUUUGCAAUCUGGGUGUUCGUGUCUUUUCCUACCAGUAGCAUUGAUCUGUGGGCUUUGCAGUGUGCUGUCUGGGGGGAGGCUGAUGGAGCACAUGCCCCAGUGGGUCAGUAAAGCAUCCUCCUGCCCACAUGCCCAGGGCUGGUCUCAAUUGUGCAGUCAGGGUUGGGAUUGCCAGGAGUCCUUGAGGAAGGACAAGCCCUGCUUGGGGAAGUCCAGACUCCAGGGCUCCCUAGUCACCAUGACCCAAGCUCUGCUAGAGCUGUCUCUCCUCUGCCAACACAGAAGCCCGACCUUUUUACUCAACUUGUAUGUUCAGGGUGAAGGAAACUGCCAAACCUCCUAUGAGUGAAGACUUUCUCUGACUGCCCAGGAGGGGGGUGGGGACCAGGGCCAGAGCUCCACAUGCACCCCCAGCACCUGCCUGAGGGAUACCGCUCCCUCAUACCCAUCUGUCUGAGAGCCAGACUGUCCAGGGAGCCAGCCCCUCUUUUCUACACACUCAGCCACAAGGCCACCCUGUCCCCCACCACACCCAGCUGCCCCCUUUUGUAAGUAUGUGAAAAGGAAAAAAAAUGCAAAUGUUGGAGUUGGCUGGAGCUCCUCUCUGGCCAUGACUUUUAACCAUGUAAUAAUGUACAGAGAAGUUGUUGGUGUUCUAAGACUCUGUGUGGCUGUGCAAUUUCUGUACAUUUGCAAUUAGAAAUAUUAAAGAUUUAUUUAGCUAUUUUAA